GAUGUGCUUUUUCAGAUGGCGGAGGUUCACAGACAGAUCCAAAUGCAGCUGGAGGACAUGCUGAAAUCAUUCCACAAUGAACUACUCACAGAACUGGAGAAAAAAGUGGAAUUGGAUGUUCGCUACUUAAAUGCAGCUCUGAAGAAAUACCAGAUGGAACACAGAAGCAAAGGAGAGAGUCUGGAGAAGUGCCAGGCCGAGCUGAAGAAACUGCGCAGGAAGAGUCAGGGCAGCAAGAACCCCUCCAAAUAUGGAGACAAGGAGAUGCAGUACGUCGAGACCAUCACCAGCAAACAAAAUGAGCUGGAUAAAUACAUCUCUGAGAGCUACAAGAAUGCCCUGUCUGAAGAGAGACGGAGGUAUUGCUUCCUUGUUGACCGUCAGUGUGCAGCGGCCAAAACUAGCAACGCCUACUACACCAAGGUGAGAAUUCAUGUCAUGCUGAAGAAAAUUUGG